CGUCAUCAAUCCGCGCCACGACUUUUCCCAGCGAGAUGAUACGCGUAUACACGCGAAUUAAAUUGACAGUUCUUUGACAGUUUUAGUGAAUUAAAAAAAACAUGACUGCGGCUAUAACUCGCUGUAUCGGUAGGAUUUUAUCUCGGCAGACCGCUCCGAUAAGUGGUCUGGCAGAAAAUGGUGGCAUUCACAGUCCUUGGUUUACUGCAGCGAUGACACUAAGGACGUCUGCUCCACUCAAUGCGGAGCCCAAAAAGAAGAAGAAAGUGGAUCCCAGAAGAGAGACGAUGAUGAGGGAAAGGCUAAAGAAGAGGUUGAAAAAGUUGGAGAAGGUUCCGCCAGAGCUGAUCCCAAUCGAGGACUUAAUCACUCCAGCCAAAUGUUUGGAUGAGACCAGGGUCCGCUCCGCUCCCAGGCUGUCAUUUGAAGAAAGUGAAGACCGAGCUCUGUUGCUGAAGGAGUGGUCCCGAUACAAACAUGAGCAGCACUUGGCUGAGAUGGACGCCAUCGAGCUUGCCCUCAAAGCCCAGAAGGAGGCACUGGAUGAGCUUAAGGCAGAAUCAGAAGAGCUUUACCAGGCAGCGCUGAAACCAGACCCCCUCUUGUUCCCUUUCUCCCACGAGGGCCCCUCUUCCACACCACCAAUCAGCAGUUAUGAAGCGCCCGAUGGGAAGUACACCGACGUCACAAAAGUCUACACGCAGUGAUGAGCGGUUUGACUUUGUAUGUAUAUUAUGUAUAAAGGCCUGAAGCAUCAAAACAGCAAAAAAGACUAACCUGAGUUAAAUUCCCAA